CAUUUUAAAUGGCAAAAAAAAUAAAGCUGGAAUAAUACCCCAGAUUUUUUCAUGUAUUUGGAUCUUUUCUGAUUACAAAAAUAUUGCCAUCAUGAGCUGUGGAAAGGAUUUUGUGGAAACUCUUAAAAAAAUUGGAUAUCCAAAGGCUGAUGAGCUUAAUGGAGAAGAUUUUGACUGGAUGUUUGAGUCUUCAGAAGACAAAUCAUUUUUGGAGUGGUUUUGUGGAAACAUAAAUGAGAAGCAUGUGGUAUCUGAAGAAGAACUGCAGGAUUUUGAUAAUCUUCUCCGAGAUAAGCCUGUUUUGGAAGGAAAUGCACUGGACGAAGUCCUUAAAACCUUGGAGCCCAUGGGUUCAACAAACCGUAGCCAGGAGGAGGACAAGGAAGAAGAGGAAGAAGUGAAGAAAUUAGAGGAUGAGCUUCAAACUCUUCAGAGGUUAAAAAACCUUCAAAUUCAUCGGCUUAAUAAGCUUCAACUGAUGGUUACUACAAACAGCCACGUGUUACAAACAUUCCAAAGCAGAGAGGAAGAAGCACGUAGGAAUUGGAAAGAAGGACUGGAAGUGUUUACUGCAGCAAAUAAAAAGCUUGACAAUGAGCUGCAGUCUCUUAUAGCUUCAGUGAAGAAAUUUGCCUCUUUGUUCACUGCUUCAGAUUCAGAACAAGGGUCGGAUACACAUCCAGUGUUUUUUUCCAAACUUUCUUUGGACAAAUAUUUGUCUGUGGAAGAAGAAAGCACUGCAGCACUUGCAUCACACAUAAAAAAGUAUUUUUGUAAAGGUGCAUCUGGAAGCGCUGAAAAUUCAGAUGAAUGCAGCUUUCAACUUGAAGAUUUCAUCAAGCAAGUCCCUUUUGAUGAGGCUGAUGAAGUUUGUGAAGAGUGGAAAGAGAUAGCCAGGCUCCAGGCAGCAUAUAUUUGUGGUCAGAACCAGAGAAUUCAGCUGCAAGCUCAAGUGGAGGGCAUGAAUUCAGUUCUCAAGUGUGCAGAGAGCCUGCUGCAGUCCUCGGACAAGGAUAUUGGACAACAGGAAAAUGUUGAUGCUCAAAUAUCUAGUUUAAGUGCUGAAAUUUCAGCAAUUAAACAAGAUAUAGCUCAGAUAAAUAAUGAAGAGCUGCUUCCCCUUCUUAAGGAGAAUGCACAACUUCUGACUGCACCAGUGGUGAAAGAAUACUUCGAUCACCAAAUUGCUCGGCAGAACUCUUAUGCUGCAAUUCAGGAUAAAGUAGGCAGGCAUUUGAUAAGACAGAAAACGUCAUUUGAACUUAUUCAACUGGGCUGUGAAAUGGAGAUGAAGAAACACCAGGAGAUCAGCUGCCAACUUGAGAAUGUGGUAGAAUCUCUGAAACAAAGCACAGAUGAGUUACAGCAGAGACUACAGGUGAUAGCUGAACGAACUGAACAGGCGAAGCCGAGGAACACUAUUAGUUCAGAGGAUGGUUUAUCUUGCAGGCUGUAUCAGCUUCUGGAAGGAGGAAGUAAAAAACAACAAUUGUUUAAAACAUACAAGAAUCUGGAACAGAUGGCUCAGAAGUUAAAGCAGGACUGUGCUACAGUACAAGAUCAGCUGGCAGCAUCUGCUCAAGAGCAGUCUCUCCUUUUGUCCAACCUAGAAAGGGAUGUGGAUGCCCUUCAUGGUGCUCUCUAUUGUGGAACAAAUCAGAUACAGCUCCGGAGUCCGGAACUUACUGAGCUGUUUCACCAACUGGAAGUGGAUUUAGAUGAACUAAAUAAUCUCCUUAAGGAUCUGGUUGCUGAUCUGAACUUGAAGAGAAGCUCUUUAGAAUCCAAUAGGCUCCUUCAGAUGGAAAGAGACUUGUAUGUAUAUUUUUUCAAAGAUGAAGAACACUUGAAAGAGAUGGUGGAGAAACUUGAGCAGCAGUCUCAGGCUAAAGCCAGUGGUCUGGAAGACAAGAAUUUCACAACCAGUGGAGUUCUUAAUGUCUAAACAGCAAUAAUGUACUCUUAAGAAAGGAAAAUGUUAAUGUAAACUGUCUGUGAGUUUAUGGAAUAAUAAGCAUUAGGUUGUCAAGGCUGACACUUACCUGUCACUGCAGUGAAUAUUAACUGCCACUGUUACCAGCUGAGAUUGUGCUGCUUUAUGGCUUCUGCCCACUGAAUUCAAUCUCAGUUUUGUCAGAACUCUUGGAUAUGAAAUAAUUGUCAGUUAUUUCAAAGAAGUACUUUCAGACUGCUCUUCUGCUGGCCUGUGUGUUCAUUUCUGCUGCACACAGCAUUGCAUCAAUAGGAAUGUGUCAUACCCUUGAGUUAAAUAUUUUUGCAUGCUAUGAACUUUUGACUGAACUGCAAAAUAAAUGUGGAGAAGACAUUCCAGAUUUUGGAGCAAGAAUGUGAUGUAUUCAUAAUGAAGAGGAGAGUUCUCAAAGGCAGCAGAUAUUCUAUGAUUGCUUCCCUUACAGUUCUUCUAAGAAGACUUGGUUUUGUUAGAAAUGUGUUGGAGUAGCAGAAUUUUUUUUAACUACCAAGACCAUCUUUUUUAAGACCAUUCCAGUAUCCGUUAGUUUAACUUACGGCCUAUCUUCUCCAUUGGAACCAGUCCAUACUUACACUGGGCUUGUCAAUGAACAAGAAUUUCAAAUUUAUCUUUUGUACUUCUGAGCUUGCCUUAUAAUUUAUAAUGAUAGGCAUUUCAAUUCAGAGUGCUGAUGUUUUCAUACUUGUUCUUUCAUGUGCAUUGUUAGCCUGUUUAUCAAAUUUUUAUAUAGCAUUCUAAUAUACCAAUGGAACUAAAUGGGCUUUUGUGGUAUGAUAACUUCCAGUCUUUUAUAUUUCAAUGGGAUCAGCUGUGCUUGUUUUCAAGGACUGUACGUAUUGAUGAAGGUUAGUAUAUUAGUUUAAAUUCAAUAACAGUAGUCUUAAAACUAUUUUGAUGGCAGACUUUUAACUGUAAUCAAAUAAGUGAUUAUAACUUAUUCUGAAAUGUGCAAUUUUUUUUAGCUUACUGAUUGAGUGUCUUUAUGUUUGGAUUUCAUGCUGUUUAACUCUAUACUUUGUGUUUAUUAUUAAAUGCCAAACUUC